CCUUCCCUUCCUCGAGGAUAUAUAUAUAUAGCCGGGAGGGGGAUUGGGAAGGGAGCAGUCGAACACAACAUCGCCACCCCAUCUCUCACACGCAAGCAUCGCCAAGAUCGACUGCUUGUGCUGCUGAUCGUCAGGGUUCGCGUCUUUUGACAGCUUGGGGAGACAAUGGGAGGAGGGAAGGACAAGAAUAAUGAGAGCGACAAGGGGCUCUUCUCAAACCUGAUGCACGGCGUUGCCGGUGGACAAGGGUAUCCGCAGCAGGGAUACCCUCCGCAAGGCUACCCUCCGCAAGGAGCAUACCCGCCUCCACCGGGGGCUUACCCACCUCCACCUGGGGCAUACCCUCCACAGCAUGGGUACCCUCAACCAGGUGGAUACCCUCAACCAGGUGGCUAUCCCCCUGCAGGCUACCCUGGCUCAUCUCAACAGGGUCACGGGGGCGGCCUUGGUGGGGGACACAUGGGGCCACUGCUAGCUGGAGGCGCAGCCGCUGCAGCUGCUGCUUAUGGAGCAAACAAGCUUUCUCACGGUCAAGGAGGACACGGUGGAUUGGGGGCCUUUGGAGGCCAUGGUGGUUACGGCCACGGAGCACAAGGUGGUUACGGCCACGGAGCACAAGGUGGUUAUGGCCAAGGCGGUUAUGGCCAAGGCUAUGGAGGCCAUGGUGGUUAUGGCCAAGGCUAUGGAGGCCAUGGUGGUUAUGGCCAAGGCCAUGGCGGCCAUGGCAAGUUCAAGCACGGCAAGCAUGGGCACGGCAAGCAUGGACACGGCAAGUUCAAGAAGUGGAAGUGAUGUGCUCUCCAUGGUUGAUGGUACUGAACUCUCGUUUAGGCUUCCGCAACUGCUGUUGUUGGGAAUGCCUUGUAUUUAGCAGGGUGAUCGUUCAUCCUUCCCUUAUAUUUCAGUUCUCUAGCUUGUGUGCGAGUGACAAGACAGGUUUGCUAAUAAGUAAAUGAAUAACCUUGUUGAUAACCUGCA